ACGCUUGAUCACUGUGGUCGAAGACAGACACACAGACAAGUAAAUUAAAAUGUUGACCUAUAUUUUAACGGUGACACUUUUAGUGGCUAACGCAUUCGCUGAGCCUAAGCAGUUAGGUGCAGGACCCAAUUUAUAUAAUGCCAAUUCCACUUCAUUAGAACCUCAGAAACAACAAAAACGAUUUGCAACAAAAGAGGUUAUUGUUUACUUAACACCUAGUCAGAUUAAAGAUUUACAAAGUGGAAAAGCUGUAUUAAGGUCAGACCCUGAGGACAACAACGGUGGUCAAAUAUUAGAACAAGUACCAAGACCGCAUAUAGAAUCUCAUCAUCAUUUCGAAAACUUGGAAACACCUAAAUCACCCCUUGUGAAAGAAACAAAAUUAGCACAUUUGCCGCCUUUACAAAAUCUCCAAAUCGUAGAUGAUAAUUUGAAAAGGACAUCCAAUAGAAUACCACAUUUUCAAUUUUUCUACCCACAGCAAAAUUUUGAACCGAACAAACAAGAAAACAAAGAGUAUAAAGUAGAAGAAAACAAUGAAUGGACUCCAAUAAUCUCUGUUACGGAGAAAAAUCAAAAAGAAUUAUCGUUACAGGAACAGUUAAAGGAACAUUGGGCUCAAAUUCUUGAAAAUAAUCGGGAGCAAUUAAAAUUUUUACCUCAGGUACAAGGACAAGCACAGUUGCUUCAGGAAAAGAAUUUAGCUGAUCUGUUGCAUUACGCUCCUAAAUACAAUGAACAAAAAUAUGAAAUAGAAUUAGAGAGGGCGUUAAGAGCACAGGAGCAGAAUGAAGCUGAGAAAAACAAAGCACGUGCCCAAGCCGAAGCAAUCGCCAACUCCCCGCCAGUUAUUGUCCGCAAGGAAGUAAAAAUAACUCAACACAAACAGGUUCCAGUAGUGAAACACGUUAAUGUUCCCUACCCGACACCAGUUUUAGUACCAAUUCCGGAACCAUUUGAAGUCAAAGUCCCGCAGCCGUAUCCUGUUCCGCUGGAAAUAAUUAAGCACAUUCCUGUGCCACUUAUUAGGAAACAGAAACUCGAGGUGGACAGACUCAACGAGGCGGAAAAGCUGUUACCAAUACCUGUAUCUAAGCCACUUUUCUUCGACUUUGACAGACCAUUCCUUGUAGAUCGUAUAGUCCCAGUAGAACAUAAAAGAGAAGGCCCCGUAGACGGGUCAGCACAAAACCCUGAAAAACUGACAAUUUUAAGACAUAGAUGGUUAAACUAAAACUAUUAAGCGUUAUGUAGGUUUUGUAAGAAAUUUGAAGACUUUAAACUUGAAGACUAAUAAAUAUUAAAUCUGA